CUCUUUCAUAAUUUCACUUCCUUGACUCGAAUGACACUUGAAAGUAAACAGUGUUUUCCUAUUUCAGGGAACUUGGUGUGGAAUGGUGCCUCUCAAGCAGCUGCAAGGAGGACCUGGAACAUUUCACAUGCCUCAUGUAUGGUCAUGGUCGGGAGAAGAAAGUAGAUGCAGUGCGUGUAAAGGUGAUUCGCGAGAUGGUCAGAGACGAUGAGUCCCUCUCGGCCAAGUCUAAGGUGGACCUUGGACGUCUCCCACCACCACAGUGGUCUUGAUCGCUGCAACCACAGAGUGGCAUGUUAUAAGCGAGCAGCUGCACAUAUUUUUGAGCGACCAAAACCACAUGACCCAGAUCAGGUAAAAAUGGUUCAAUUUGGAUUUUCAUGUAUAACAAGAACAUCCAUGGUAUAAAUAACACUUUGACAUUCACCAGGGAUGGGAAACAAAUGAGGAGGGAGCACUUGAGCCUAUAUGGACUGCUGGACCCAUCAUGCCCUCAUCUCUGGUUGACAUACUUGCAAUGGAGGCUGAGAGCGAAGAAGAGGAAGAAGAGCAAGAUGAGACCAUUGAAGAUGACAUGAAUAAUGAUGAAGAGGACUAUUAA